GUAUGUUGACAGUUCCCAUUGCCGAGGUGACGUGGCCCAUGAUAUUGGUCCUGGUGUCGUUGCUGUCCGCUGCCAUCGGCGCCCUCUUCAUGGUCGUCUUCCUACACCUAAAACUACGACUUUCCGGACGCACAGCUCCAUCUCGGCCAGGGUGGUUCCGGCGGAAACGCGGCGCCGUGUUGCCGCCGGACGCCGUGCCGUCCAAUCAGAACGCCGUCCGGGCCAACCAUUACACGGUUGAAGAAGCGGCCGCCGCCAUACCGGUGGUCGUGUACGCGUCUGUCAUCAGCGGUGGUCAGGAUGACGGGCCGCACAACAUGUCACCACCGUCGCUGUCCCUGUCGUCGGCCGCCGACGACGUGCUGUAUACCGAGCUUGACCGGGUGCCGACGCCCGCUUACCACAACGCCGGUUACGCGUUCGACCAGCACAGCAGCGCCUACUACUCGGACAUGUACGAGCCGAUCGACCCCUAUCACAGCAGUCACCACCAUCACCAGCGGCAGAACUCGCUGCCGUCCGACUACGUCUGAUAUUACGCCCGGCACGCGACGCCCGCGAAUCGACGACGCCGCCGCAGCCGACGACGCCGAUCGCACGCAGCCGCAUUGCCGGUCUCGGUGCCAACCGUCUCUCGCGUGUACCGUGAAAUAUUA